AGGAACGUGAAAGAAAGGAGAGGACGCGUGCGGUUUCCAUGGACACCAUUGAUACCAAACUGUCCGUAAAAUUUUAGAAACAGAAAAGGAACUUCAAAUAUACACACAUACAAAGAUACACACGUUUAAGAAUAUCCCAGCCGGUGCUAUGGGGUCAUCACUGACAAGGGCAGCCCAGUGGACCACGGCCAGCUCUGGUACUGGCAAACUUGAGUUCACGCCAAUGAAUCGGUUCUUGUUGAAAGAAAUCCUGCACUUUGUGGAGCAGUUCAGCUCCCAACACCCACAGGAGGCAGAGCAUGUGUUUGAGGAGCCCCUCCAUUGGAGUACCACUUUAGUGGUAUCUGAUUUCAAAACAGACUACGACAUCAGUGAUUCAGAUGUACAGUCCCACGAGAAAGACUAUGAAGGGCAUCCAUUGUUGCAGCUCUCCCCUCCUACUGUUUAUGUACGCAGCUUCAGCCAGCUCUCUAAACUAGUUCAUCUGGCAGAUGAUAAGAAGCUGGAAGAGAUUCAAGCAUGUCUAGAAGAAAAUAAAGACCCCGUGGUUAAGAUUCUUGGUCCCAGCUUUGUUAGCACCCUGGAGAAAGAAGAUGCCCAUACAGAUGUACUACGUUUGGUAGACAAAGUGAAAGAGAAAGAUCAAGGCAAGGACCCGGAGGUUAAGGUCAAGCUGUUCCUCUUGCUUCAAAAUAUGGACAACCAGCUCAUCAGCAAGUGCCUCAAAGAGAUAGCUGGACAAGUCAGUCUGGACCCCACCGCAGUGAAGAAUGAAGUGGAGUUGUUGAAAAAGUUCUGCAGUGAAGGGGAAAAGAGGGUGUUGAAGUUGGUUCGAUACACAUCAGAUUAUAUAUUUUCAAAUGGCUGCCGCUCCCCUCUGUGGAGACAGAUGCAUGGUGAGAUUUGUUACCUUGUGAUUGAGCCUUGUGACACUGAGACCCUUUACAUCACCUGCAGCACUGCUGGAGUUUUUCUCAAUGGGGGCAUAAAACACGAGGAGGAGGAGAGUGGCUAUGAGCAAACAAGUGAUAUGUACAAAGACCUGGUAACACUUUUGAAGAGCAGAUCUCCACAUUUUACUGAAAACAUAAACAUGCAGGAUUUUGCAGUUGAAGAACUUCCAUCAACACAAAAGAUCCAGCAUGUGGAAUUGGUUGAUGUGGAGGAACAAGGCCAACCCCAGAGGUCUUACGAGCAACAGGAAAAGAAUGUGCAUGAAGAGGCGAGGCAACAACACAGGCCGAACAAGGCAGGCCACGAGAAGAAAUAUGAACUAUGUCCAAGAUGGAGGAAUUUUGCUCUCUUGUCUUCAUGUGGUAAAGCUGAGGAAAACAAACCCAGUAAGAGCUCUAGAGAGAAGAAGUCUGGUGAAAUACAGGAAAACUUGGUACCAGGAGCCAAGAGCAAAAUAAAAGCAGAAUUCUCUGUGUCCUCUUUCCCCGGACGACUUUCCUCCCAGAAAAUUAAAGCUGAGGAAAAGAAAGCCAGUAAGAGCUCUGGAGAGCAGAAGUCUGGUGAAAUACAGAAGAGAGAGCUGGGAUCCGAAGCAAAGAGCAAAAUGAAAGCAGAAUUGUCUGUGUCCUCUUUCCCCGGACCCCUUUCCUCCCAGAAAAUUAAAGCUGAGGAGAAGAAAACCAGUAAGACCUCUGGAGAGCAGAAGUCUGGUGAAAUACAGAAGAGAAAGCUGGGAUCAGGAGCCAAGAACAAGAUAAAGGCAGAAUUCUCUGUGUCCUCUUUACCUGGACGCCUUUCUUCCCAGAAAACUAAGACCCCAGCAGGAUCCAUGCCAAUGGAAGCUUUCAGUGAGAGUUCAUCUGAGAGUGAGGAGGAGGAGGAGCAGCCGGAGCGCCGUCCAGAGAGUAACACAGACCUGCCUGAAUACUGGCAGAUCCAGAAACUGGUCAAGUACCUCAAGGGAGGCAACCAGACGGCCACUGUGCUCACUCUGUGCGCCAUGAUGGACUUUAAUUUGAUGCAGGAGACGUGCCAACUGGCCAUCCGGGACGUAGGUGGUCUUGAAGUCCUCAUUAACUUGCUGGAUACAGAUGAAGUCAAAUGCAAAAUUGGAUCUCUGAAAAUCCUGAGAAAGAUAAGUCACAAUGUGCAAAUUCGUCGAGCCAUUGUUUACAUGGGAGGCCUGCAGAGCAUUGUGAAGAUACUGGACUCACCAGUCAAGGACAUCAAGGCCUUAGCUGCUGAGACCAUCGCUAAUGUGGCCAGGUUCCGCAGAGCCAGGAGAACCGUCAGGCAGUAUGGCGGUAUCAAAAAACUGGUAAAGCUGCUGGACUGUGUCCCUAAUUUAGCCAAGCUGACUGCAAACCAGGAGAAGGAUGUAGAGGUGGCUCGUUGUGGUGCUCUGGCACUGUGGAGCUGCAGCAAGAGUACUAAGAACAAGGAGGCCAUUCGUAAAGCUGGGGGUAUCCCUCUGCUGGGACGCCUGCUCAAGUCUCCCCAUGAGAAUAUGCUUAUUCCUGUGGUGGGCACCCUGCAGGAGUGUGCCUCAGAGGAAAGCUACAGGAGUGCCAUUCAGACUGAGGGCAUGAUCAAGGAUUUGGUUAAAAACCUAAGCAGUAACAAUGAUGAGUUACAAAUGCACUGUGCCAGUGCAAUCUUCAAGUGUGCAGAAGACAAACAAACUCGUGACCUGGUGCGUAAGUACAGGGGCCUGCAGCCGCUGGUUUUACUGUUGAGCAAGUCGGACAACAAGCAGCUCCUGGCCGCUGCCACUGGAGCCAUCUGGAAGUGUUCCAUCAGUAUGGAGAAUGUGGCUAAGUUUCAGGAGCACCACGCCUUGGAGACCCUGGUUUGCCUGCUGACUGAUCAGCCUGAAGAAAUUCUGGUAAAUGUAGUGGGAGCCCUGGGAGAAUUUGCCAUGAUACCUGCUAACAAGGCCAAUAUCCGCAAUUGUGGAGGCAUCAAGUCGCUUGUUAACCUGCUCACUGGAACAAACCAGGCGCUGCUUGUGAAUGUAACCAAGGCAGUUGGAGCCUGUGCUACAGAUAUGGAUAACAUGGCAAUCAUUGACCAGCUUGAUGGAGUCCGCUUGGUAUGGUCCUUAUUGACAAACCCCAGUGCAGAUGUUCAGUCCAGUGCAGCAUGGGCUCUUUGUCCAUGCAUUAAGAAUGCAAAGGAUGCUGGGGAAAUGGUGCGCUCCCUUGUCGGUGGAUUGGAACUGAUUGUUAAUUUGCUGAAGUCAACAAACAACGAGGUGCUGGCAAGCAUUUGCUCCGCCAUCGCCAAAAUAGCCAAAGACAAGGAGAAUCUGGCAGUCCUUACUGAUCAUGGGGUAGUCCCAUUGCUGGCCAAGUUGACUAACACGACUGAUGACAGGCUCCGUCGCCACCUGGCUGAGGCCAUUGGCCACUGCUGCAUGUGGGGCAGCAACAGGGCAUCCUUCGGCGAUUCUGGUGCCGUGGGCCCCCUGGUGCGUUACCUCAAGUCAAAAGACGAGGCAGUCCACCAGAGCACAGCUAUGGCCCUCUACCAGCUGUCCCAUAACCCCAACAAUUGCAUCACCAUGCACGAGAAAGGGGUGGUCAAGCCCCUCAUCCUCUUCAUGGGCUCUGAUGAUGAGACACUGCAGGAAUUUGCUGCCGGGUGUGUGCGCAACAUCCGCCUCCUGGCCCAGGCUAAUAGGAAUGCCCGAUUAUAUCGUUGACGCUGUUACAGAGUUUGUUUCAAAUGUUUUUGAAAGUUGCUUCAAAUAAAGUGUAUGAAAAAAGUGUUUAAAAUAAGUGUUUUUCAAAAUAUGUUGAUGUUCCAAUAAUCUGAGAAAGGUUUCAAAUAAAACGUUUCAUCUUGA